UGGUCUGGUUGAGUCUAUUCUCUCCUCUGUACAUGGACAAGGUCACAUCUUGCACACAACUGAAGAGCUUGAGCUUUAGAGCAAUGAACCAUUUGUUUGGAUGGACAAGGCUCAUGCUGCUAUAUUUCGUAAUUGAUGUUCUCUGUGUUUCCCAGCAAACAGUCAAGUCUGAGACUCAGCAGGUGAAAGGCAUUGUGGGACGGUCUUUAUCUUUUCCAGAGAGAGUGUUUAAAACUGGAUAUUUAAGGUAUGGAGAAGACACUACUGCAAAUGUGAUCAAUGGACAAAGCCAUAUAGAUUUAGAAGAGAGAUUUAAAAAUCGCAUUCACUGGGACAAUGUGACAGGAUUAUUCAGUCUGUCAGACCUACAGAUAGAAGAUGCUGGGGUUUAUUCUGUGGAGAAUAAAGACGGAGAGAAGAGGAUACCUAAAUUUAACCUCACGCUUUACUAUGUUGUUUCCAAACCUCAGGUGACGGAGUGUGACAACAGCUCCUGUAGUGUGCUGUGUUCUGUGAACAAUGAAAAAGAGGUGACCUUGACCUUGUACGGGGGAGAGGAAAUACUAAACCAGACCAGCAGUCCUAACCUCACCACUGAUCUAUCUCUCCGUUUGGAGGUAGAGGGAAAGAACUACUACUCCACCUACAGCUGUGUGGCUGCUAACCCUGUCAGCAAGGAGACAGUUCAUGUCCCAAAAUGUUGCAGUGAAGAUGGUCAUCCCAAGAAGUCAGACAGUGAUGAGAUGACUCGGGGUAUGCUUAUUAUUGCUGUAAUCUCCGUUUUGGUUGCCUCAGGGCUGGUUGGACUUGCAAUCUAUCGAAAGAAGAGGGGAAAUGAACACUCACAAGAUUCAUCCGAAAGAGUGCAAGUUGACCUUGAAUAUGCAACGAUUACUUACAUAGAACAAACAGAUAACCAGGAGGAGCGAAGAGGUAACCCUGAAAUGGCAUCAGUUUAUGAUACACUCCAGUUACAUCGCAUGGCUGCCAGCGAGGAUGUUGACACAGCAUGAUGGAACAAAACUGGAAGUCACUGAGAAGCCAACAUGAUAACUCAUAAAGAGGACAUUUAAACAAAAUGAAAGUAAAAUAAUAUUCACCCAGAAAACCUUUUAGAGGCACAGUUGUUAUGGGAGAAAUAUGCCCUGGAACUGUUGCGCUGAUGUUAUAAUUUCAGGCUUUCUUUGUAGGUCAUUCUCACAGACCUGUCAAAUAGGGGCCUCGAUGACAUCCACUGAUAAGGACCAAUUCAAUAACUAUGCAUUGAGUUAGUAGCAGGAUCAGGAUAAUCCUUCUUUUCAAGUGCGUUUUGUCCCAAAUCCCAAUGUAUAGGUUAAAACAAAUGGAACUCAUAUUUUAAUACUGGGCGCAACUUUGGUUUUGGAAGUGGGAGGACAUAACUUGUAAUCCUGUUGGGAUAAACGCUCCAAACAGCCUACCCGCCCACUCGGAGGUGUCCGAAUGGCCCUAAAGCCCACCAUUGCCUCUCUUUCUGUCACAUUCCAAUGAUUUAACUGGGGGGGGACA